AUGGUAGACAGAGAUCCAGGCACACCUACCUGGAAGUUCACACAAUGCUUCGGCGAUAAAGGCGAUGUAGAAGAUAUUACAGAAGGUAAUUGGCAGCCUCCCUCGCUUUACUCGGCCGAAUCUGGUCAAUCUCCACAGAGUGCAUCGACUGACAAGCGCUCUGCAGCGGACAUCAUCUCGACUGUUGAAUUUGACCACACCGGUAACUACCUGGCCACUGGUGACAAGGGAGGAAGGGUGGUAUUGUUCGAGCGAAACGAGACGAAAAAAACCUGCGAGUAUAAGUUUCACACAGAGUUCCAGUCACACGAGCCGGAGUUCGAUUAUCUCAAGUCGCUAGAGAUCGAAGAGAAGAUCAACAAGAUAAAAUGGUGCCGACGACAGAAUGCAUCCCAUUUCCUUCUUUCGACAAACGACAAGACGAUAAAGCUUUGGAAGGUCUUCGACAAGUCGCUGAAAGUGGUCGCCGAGAACAACUUAUCGAAUGAACUCACUCCCGCGAACCCGGUUGGAGGUGGAGGUAUGGCUCGCGCACCCCGCGUAUCCUUCAAGGACCCCUCUGCGCUCAAGCUGCCUCGUCUGACACACCACGACACUGUUGUUGCCGCUGUUCCGCGGAGGACAUACGCCAACGCUCACGCGUAUCAUAUAAAUAGCAUUUCCGUUAACAGCGAUGGUGAAACCUUUAUCAGCAGUGACGACCUGCGAGUGAACCUAUGGAACCUCAACAUCCAGGACCAAAGCUUCAACAUCGUGGAUAUCAAGCCAGCGAAUAUGGAGGAACUCACAGAAGUCAUCACUGCGGCCGAGUUCCACCCGGUCAGCUGUAACUGGUUCAUGUAUGCCAGCUCCAAGGGCACAAUCAAGCUUGCGGAUAUGCGGCAACGGGCGUUGUGUGACGAACACGCCAAGCAGUUCGAACAAGAAGAGGAUGCCUCGUCCCGCUCUUUCUUCUCCGAGAUUAUCUCCUCCAUCUCCGACGUACGAUUCUCCAACGAUGGGCGGUACAUUGUGUCCAGGGACUACUUGACAGUGAAGAUUUGGGAUGUGAACAUGGAACGCCAGCCAAUCAAGACCAUCCCCAUCCACGAGCACCUGCGCCCUCGCCUUUGCGAUACGUAUGAGAACGAUAGCAUCUUUGACAAGUUCGAGGUGGUCUUCUCAGGCGACGCGGAGAACGUCAUGACCGGAAGCUACAACAACAACUUCAUGAUCUACCCCACAGAAGAACAAAAGGAUACGGAGAUUGUGCUACAGGCAGACAAGUCGGCAUUCAAGGCAAAGAAGGUUGGUGUACCGACACCGAUGAGCAAGGGUAACGGAAAGAAGGCCGGUUCGCGAUCUGGUAGCCCUGCCGGCCCUGGCAGUCGCAUGAAGAAGGAGACCGAUGCGGAUCAGAUCGACUUCAACAAGAAGAUCUUGCACAUGAGCUGGCAUCCAUUCGAAGACAGCAUUGCAAUUGCGGCGACAAACAAUCUCUUUGUCUUCUCCGCUCUUUAA